UGGGCUUCAGUCUGCUGGCCUCCGGAAUGGGCAGAUAUCACCAGCCCACAUUUAACCAUUGAUUUAUUGCGCGAACUCCACCGAGAGUCGGUAUUUUUGCACGUCGUCUACACGAUGCUAUGCGGAGGUAAGGUGAUGGAAGAGGCCAGCGGGAGGGUUUCAGAGCUGAUUCCAGUGGUGCUAUUUCCGCGGCUGCCAGGCUUCGUCCCAUCCUCUGUUCAGUAACAGCGCCCAUUCUCAUCCCAAAUCACCAUGAAGCCAGUCCACGAGCGCAACCAGGAGUGCCUCCCUCCCAAGAAGCGGGACCUCCCUGUUAACAACAACAACACCUCUACCUACAACAAUAACAGCAGUAGCAUCAGCGGCAGCAUUGGGAGUGCAGGGGGAGGAGGGGAGGAUGCCCCAUCUUCACAAAGCUCUGGAGUGAGUGGAGAAGGUAGUGGCGAAUGGGUGCGAGCCCAGCCGAGCGUGCAUUAUGGGGUGGAGGGUGCCGAGGGUCUCGUUGGGCUUCCUGUGGAUCAGUAUAGCAUGCUUUAUAAAGUAGCUCUGCCCGCUGGCACCUACUCACCCACCAAUCUGCACCCCAUUCUUAGCCACAUUUCUCCUGCCUACACCGUUCCCUCCCAGGUGUUACAGCACACGAGCGUUCCCUACCCUCCGCUCUGCUACGCCCAGAUCCCUCACUCCUCGUUGCAGUUUGUUAGCUCUCCCUACGGGGCUGCGGUUCCCUACGCCGUGCCUCCGGGAUUCGUUUCCAGCCCUUUGAUACCACCUCAGUCCGCUAUUUCCCAGCCGCACUCCAUUUCCCACCUGGUUCCGUAUCAGUCAGUCAUUCAGGAAGGAGUUGGCUCUCCGCAGCAGCAGAUCUCGACCCAUGUAUACACCAAAAUGGGAGUUCCUCUGGUGCUCCCUUCUGAGCAAACGGCGACACAAGCGCCGCUUGGGACUGUAGGGAUGCCGCCUGCCGGGGAGCUCAGCCCGAGAGCUGUGUGCUAUCACCCCACCGUUAGGGGCGUCCAACCGCAAAGAGACCUGCACAGCAGCUUCAUGGAGCAGGAGAGAGAGGUGAAUGGAGGGGACAGAGAGCACGGAGGCAGGGAGAGCCAUCAAGAUGCAGUUUAUUCGGCCAGAAGCGCACGGCUGCUGCAGGCCAUUGCGCCUGAGCCCCAGCAAGACAAGAGCUUGAAAAGCCGCAGGCCGGAGGGCAGAAUGUCGCCAAGACAGAGCAGCACACCGGACACUGAUCUCGAGGUCCAGCAGGUGGUCGGACGAUUUGCCUCUCCUGUCCAUGGCACGAGUCGCAAGGAAGCAGCGCAUGUCCCUCUGAACCUGUCUCAAAGCUCUCAGAGGGGUCGAGAGUCUCAGGGCGAAGUCAGAACACCUUAUGCAUCAAAUCCAGCUGAAUCUAGAGCACAUCAGCAGCAGAUUGUUCAACAAAGCCAUGCCGUUAUCCUGGCCAAUGGGCAGCCUGUUCUUGUGCCUCUCGACUACCAUCACCACCAACAGCAGCAGCAGCAUUUCCAACCCAACGAUGUGGCCUCGGCAGCAAUCGCUGCUUCUCCCGCUGCAUAUACUAAAGCCAUGGAUGCAGGAGCAUGUCUACCAGAGCGGGCGGUGGUGGAGCUGCCUUCCCAACAGGGGCAACAGCCCUCCCAGCAGCCUCCUGGUACUUUCCCACAGGCUCCUCUGCUGGCACCCUCCGGCCCGUCGCACUUCAUGAAGGGCGCCAUCAUCCAGUUGGCUACCGGAGAGCUCAAGCGCGUAGAAGAUCUGCAGACUCAGGACUUCGUGCGGAGCGCAGAAGUGAGCGGCGGGCUGAAGAUCGACUCAAGCAUGGUAGUAGACAUCCGCACUAGUCAACAGCGGCCCGGUCUAGUGGCGCUGCAUUUCAACGUGGGGGAGCAGCAGAGCAAAGUGACUAUAGAUGUUCCCCCCGAACACCCGUUUUUCGUUUUUGGCCAGGGCUGGUCGUCUUGUAGCCCUGAGCGGACUGCCCAACUGUACGGUCUCACCUGCCAACAUCUGCAAGUGGGCGAUGUCUGCGUGUCCGUGACACUGCAGCAGCAAGCUGCAUCGCAGCAGAAACCGCCCCAGCAAGUUCAGGCCCGGACUCCCACCAAAGUCAGCUCCACGUCAGGAGCCCCACUUCAGCCCAUGGGCCCCCCUGCGCCCCAGCACACCCCUCGGCCACAAAGCCAAUUAAAAAUGGAGCGCAUCCACCGAGAGAGGGACCGGGACAAGGAGGAGCCCAUGCAGGUAUUGGGUUCGAGACAUGUCGACGUGCCCCCAAGACCGAACAGGACUUCAGCAGAGCACACUCGGAGCCAGAGCAACUACUAUUUGCACACUGAAGGUCAUGCUCCACUGGGAACCGGAGCGGGAGCCUCUUCCGUAGGGGCAUCCCUGAGGCGCUGGUCUGCCUCUGGCUUCCAAAGAUACAGCAUCAAGAACGAGGAUGGAGGGAGUUUAGCAUCAGCUGCCACCUCUGGCUCCUCUCGGCCGUCGUUUAUCCCUCAGGAGGUCAAGCUUUCCAUCGAGGGGCGCUCGAAUGCCGGGAAGUAGCAGACAAAAGAGAUUGUCCAUGGGAUCGAAGUGUCAGUCGGGCGAACGGAUGCGAAAGAGGGAGCGUGGUCGGAGGGAGAGAGAAUGUAGCCUCAGAAUGUUUGAGAUUUUGCACAUAUUGGAAGAUUCCCUCUGCCGCCCCCUUCUUCGGUUCUGGUCUCGAGCAGAGGACUUUUGUGUCAGGUCAUAGUCAGCAUUCGCAAUGAUCUGCAUGGGCAGCUUUAUCUGGUUAAUCACGUACCAAAGCCUGCGUCGUCUGCGUGUUCCUGUGGGUGAACUAUCAUGUUUGGCAGUGAUCACUUGCGCAAAGAUAUCUUGCAGUUCCUCGAGUAGAUGUUUAUUUCAGAAAGGCCAGGGAUAAGAAUGGGAUACAGCCAUAAAGUCUUGACAAGCCUUUACAAUAAGAAUAAAUAUAUAUUUUAAAGAAGGACAAAAGAGGAUAGAUUGCUCAACAACUUUUUUCCCCUAAAAGACAGGCUCUUUCUCUCUAAACGUUGACUGUUUCUCUUGUUGCGCCGCCAGGCUUUUGUUGGCUAAGACCUUAAAACUUGGACUGUUUUUAAUGCGUGUCUCUCUAGAGGUGUGCUUGUCCUCACUUUCCUACACUCUCCUCCUCUCCCUGCCUCUUCUCAGGGUGCUUCUGCUGAGGAAUCCUUUCUAGUCUGGAGUUUGAGAACAGUUGCCCAGCGCCGUCACAUCAGUCAAUUGAUCCAACAAUCUUUCUGCAAUCAGGAACUAUUUCCAGAUAAAGUCUAGCAUGCAUCUUAACAGUUGCAUUAACAACUCCUCAGAGGUUUUUAGUUUUGAUUCAGCAGUGGUUCUGAAUCUGCAUUCCAGUUUCAAUGAGAUCUCUCCUCCUCGACCCAUUGGAGUUAUCAUUUCCCAGUAAGGCCGGCCUAGGAAAACCACCUCUAAAUAGUACCUCAUGGUUGGAAGCAUCCUUCAGUCUGAUUAUUAACUAUUUUUAUUUAAUCUUACAUUGUUGUGCCCUUUUCCUGGAGACAACAUGUGGUGUCAGCCAAAAUCAGCCCUGCUUGCGAAGCUGAGACCAAAUGCAGAACAGGUUCUAGCUGUUUGCGAACGGCCUGUUCCUGUGGAAACGGAUUAUUGCUCUGAAGCAUGCAGGAAGCGUUUAGCACACACAAAUGUAGAGUCACUGCUGUUGGGUGUGAACUGACCCUGCUCAGUUAUCAAAAUCAAAGCAAUAGUUGUGUCAGAACACAUUUUUCUUGUUUUCUUGUUUUCUUUUUUUUAAUCCCGUACAAGACAGAUUACUCCUUGUAUUUCAAUUUUUCUAUGUGCAACAGUUGCAGUCUGUAUGUAGAAACGUUUUUAACCUUAUCCUACGCUUCUCUUGAUUUUCUAAGAUGAUGCAGUUUUACUUUGUGAUAAUCCUCAUUCUAACAGUUACUACAGGAGUUAAUUUAAAGGAUGCAAUUACCCUUAAAACAACACCUCUUUCAUUUAGGUAGGUUUUCUUUCUGACUUCAGUGAUGACUAAUAUGAAGGCACACCUCGAAAUGGGGCUUUUCUAAAACACCCACUGAUUAGGAUGUUCAGAAUCAGCUCUUGUACUUUAUAGAGAGAUCUUAGCCCCUUACAUUGUGUCCUAACCAGGUAUAACACAAUAAGACAAGCGAUAAAAGUCAUGCUUGAGUUGCAGUGUUGCAGUCGCGUCUGCAAAAAGCACUAAGCAACAGGACGCUUAGUCUUUCAUAUUUGUUGGUUUUUAUUUUUGUGGUAUUGUGCUCGGUAGCUCCGCCCAGUGUUAAAACCCAAUGGUCCAAAUUCGUUCCAUAGGUUUUGACAGGCUGUGAUUUUGUCGCAGGCAUGUUUGGAUGGACAAAUUCACUGGAAACUUGUCACAUCAUACCUGGUUAGGACCAGUGUUGAACUGAAAACUUAUCUCGAAACAGCUCUUCUCUGGAACGAGCCUCAUUAAUAUACACUUUCUAAUCUGUGCUGAGGUUUCUUCUUUGGUUUUUGUAAUUGGUGAAAUCUUGUACAGUAUUGCGUUCUGUCUCUCUUCUUGGCAAUA